UCAACCGCGCCACACGCCUGCUGCUACCGUGAAAUCAGUUGACAUGCCACGCGACUCGCGAUGUCGUUCCUACCGCGUGAAUAUUUAUGACGCGAUCAACCAAUUCGCCUCAUUAUAAAUGGCACUGCCGACCUCGAUGCCUCAUCACAACUUGCAUACGAACAUAAAAUGCCAAUAAAACAAACUUUCGUUAAUAGACUUCAGCGCCGAAAUUUUAAUUACUUAAUUGUGUAUGUGUUGUUAUACUGUUAUGUUAUCGAAGGCAGCAACGCGGCUGAAACGCCGCACGAGUGCGCAUACCGGACAUCCAAGACGGAAACGUCGGAGGACGCAGUGCUUUUUUGCAAAAUACGAACAAUCAGCAGUUUGGAUCACCUGUUACAAAACAUUAGUCGGACACACAACGAGGACGUAAUAUCAUUGCACGUCCAGUGCAGUGAGAUUCUAUUUUUUGAAAGUACGCUUGCAGCGCAAACGGAGAGGGGCCCUGGGAAACAUUCAAACCUAGGGAAGCUGAAAGAUCUUGUCGUUGACAAAUGCAAGAUACGUCAGAUACCAGCACAUGCAUUUGAAAAUUUCAAAGACCUUAAAUCUCUGCACGUGACGACGCACAACAGUGAAUGGUCUGCAAUGACUAUGGAAUUACAUGAAAACGCUUUUUCGGGCUUAAGUGAGUUAAUCGAGUUAGAUUUAAGUGAUAAUAAUAUUUGGAGCACAAAAACUGAUACGUUUUGCUCUUUGUACAGCUUAAAAACUUUAAAUUUAACACGAAAUCAUUUGCAAAAUAUAAAAACUAUAGGAUUCUCGGAUUCGACACGUGAGCAAAAUUUAAGUAUAAAAAGUUGUAAUUUAGUUUUAGAAGCUCUCGAUAUGUCUCACAACGAUUUGAUUGUAAUAACAGAAAAUAGCUUAUCGAAAUUACGCUCACUGUCGAAACUAUUUUUACAAAAUAAUGCAAUAUCUACACUUGAAGAUGGUUCCUUAGAGGGUCUUAUAAGCUUACAAGUAUUUAAUUUAUCUAGUAAUUUUAUAAGUAGUGUACCACCUGACAUUUUCUCUGACACGAUAUUGCUUACAGAUAUUAUCUUAAGCAACAAUACAAUAAAUGUUUUGCCGCCUGGUCUUUUUCGGGGAUUGGAACAACUCCAAGUAUUAGACCUAUCUCGUAACGAACUAACUAGUCAAUGGAUAAACAAAGGCACAUUUGUAGGAUUACUACGUAUGGUUAUAUUAAACAUUUCGUUUAACAGACUUAGUAGAAUAGAUAGAUAUAUGUUUCAGGACUUGUAUAGCUUACAGAAAUUGAAUUUAGAUCAUAAUGAGAUAACAUCCAUUGAUGAGCAUGCUUUUGAAGAACUAAGAAACUUACAUUCCCUCACAUUAUCAAACAAUAAACUAAUACACAUUCACACCCAUAUUUUUAAUGACUUACAUGUAUUGCAUGAAUUGUUUUUAGACAAUAAUAAAAUUAAACAUAUAGACGAAAAUGCUUUUGACAAUAUGACAACAAUCGGGGAUUUAGGCUUAAAUGAUAAUUUCUUAUCAUCAAUUCCACCUUCAAUUCGUAAAUUACGAUCCCUCAGAUCCUUGGACAUAGGGAAUAAUAAUAUAACCCAUUUAAGCCGGGAAAACUUUCAUGGUCUGUCAGAACUUUUUGGUUUGCGUCUUGUAGAUAACAAAGUUACUCAUUUAAACGAAGAUACUUUUGAACAUUUGCCUCAGUUACAGGUGCUUAAUUUGGCAUCUAAUAAAAUAAAUCUCGUCUCACCGGGUUGCUUUCGGAAAAAUAUUAAUUUAAAAUUAUUACGUAUGGAUGGAAAUGAUAUAACGAAGUUUGAUGGAAUAUUUUCUACGCUAAACAACUUAGUGUGGUUAAAUAUGUCGGCAAAUAAAAUUUCGUCUUUUGACUUUGAUACUUUUCCUAGUAGCCUAGAAUGGUUGGAUUUGCAUAUGAAUUAUAUAAGCACUUUUCACAAUAACGAUAUGAAUUCGAAGGUCAAUAUUAAGUUAUUGGAUCUUAGUUACAAUAAUAUUACUGAAUUAAUUGUCUCUUCUAUUCCAAAAUCUGUACAAAAACUUUAUUUGAAUAAUAAUUACAUAAGUCACAUACAAGUUGGUGUGUUUUCGAAGUUACAAAGAUUAUCAACUGUGACAUUAAAUAACAACAAAAUAGUACAACUUGACAUGAACGCGUUCAGGUUAGAUCAAAUAGAUGAAGAUAACGAUUUGCCCGAGUUCUUUAUAAGCGGAAACCCAUUUGUUUGUGACUGUUCAAUGGAAUGGAUUCAACGAAUCAAUUAUUUAAGCCACAGCCGACAAUACCCGCGUGUGUUAGAUCUCGAUAAAGCUUUUUGUUCAUUGGUUCACUCUCGAGCAAAAGAGAAAAAAAUGAUAAUAGAUAUGUCACCUUCCGAUUUUCUAUGUCCUUAUGAAAGCCAUUGUUUUGCUCUUUGUCAUUGCUGUGAUUUCGUUGCUUGUGAUUGUGAAAUGAUCUGUCCAAAUAACUGUAGAUGUUAUCACGAUAUAACUUGGAACGCAAAUGUUGUUGACUGCUCGAACGCCGGCUACACAGAAGUGCCGGACAGAAUUCCAAUGGAUGCGACUGAAAUAUAUUUAGACGGUAAUGAUAUUAGUUAUCUGGGAAAUCACGUAUUUAUCGGAAAAAAGAAAUUACAGGUUUUAUACCUCAAUAAUACUAAGCUAAAAGAAGUGAAUAAUCAAACAUUUAAAGGCGUUGAUUCUUUGAGAGUAUUGCAUUUGGAAAAUAAUAAAUUAGUUGAAUUAAAGGGAGACGAAUUCGUUCAUCUUAAUAAUUUAAACGAGCUUUAUUUAGACCAUAAUGCAAUUGUUCACGUUGCAAAUAAUACAUUUUCGUCAUUGAAAUCGCUUUCGGUCUUAAGAAUAGACGAUAAUAAACUUGUUAACUUUUUCCCCUGGAAGUUGUUAGCGUCAUCUUCAAAAAGUUUAGCACACGUUUCAAUAGAGGGUAAUCAGUAUUCUUGUGAUUGUAAAAGUAUAGCAGAGUUAGAUACGUGGCUUCGAAGAGAUCCCGGUGAUCCCGAAAAAAUGUUGUGUACCGAUACUGAAGGCAAGCCGACUAAAAUAACAAUUGCCUCAGUUUUAAGCCAUUGUAAGGAAUAUUUGGGAUCUAUUAGUGAUCCAUCAGUUUCCAAGAAUGAAAUUAUUCCGAAAUCUUAUUUUCUUCCUGAUAAUUUUUUUGCAGUUAUAUGUGGAGUUAUUAUUAUAGUAAUUGUUAUUUGUCUCAUCGGAGCCAUAUUUUAUGCCUUCAGAUAUGACGUCAGUGAUUGGUUGUAUACUAAUUACGGCGUGCCUUUAUUUAAAGAACAGUCUUGUCCGAAUGUCGAUCACGUAUUGGAUGGAAAUCCAAAUCACGUGCACGAUUACUAUGUGAUAUGCAAUACCAAAGAUACCCAAUUCAUUUAUCAUAAUAUAAUGUCAGAGAUAGAAUUUAGAAAAAUGUCCUCAAAGAAAUUUGCAAUGAACGAAUCAUCUCUUAAUAUACUUACAUUAGAUAGUUUUUCAAAGUCUUCUAAAUUGUCUAAACGUCUAUUAAUCGUUUUAACAACGAAUUUUAUUUGUAACGAUCUAUGUGACUUUCAUUUCAAAAACAUAUUUUAUAGCUAUUUAAAGUCAUUGAAUCGUAGCGAUUUGAAUAAAGUAAUAUUCAUUAAGUUAGUAGAUAACAACCAAAUAAACGAUGAACUUUGUUUUGUAUUAGAUAAAUUUAAAAAUAUAUCGUGGAACGAUCCACGUUUCUGGGAAAGAUUCGUCUCUUUACUUAAUUCAACUGACACUAUUAUCACAGUAAAGAACACCGAGAAGAGCGUAUUCAAGAAGUCAUUACGUCAGACGCCGACAUUGAGAUACACAACAAUGCCAGUCACAAACGAUACUUGCUCAAAGCAGAAUUUUUCAAAUUCUCUGCAAUAUUGCAAGAGAAAUGACGGUGAGGCAUCUCAGAUUGAAAGCUCUCCUUCGUCCGACAACACGUAUGGGGAAGGGAACAAUUCGAACAAUAGCUACAUGUCGAUUGACAACAGAGCAUGUCCCCGGUUUAAUUAUGACCUUAGGCGUUCCCCAAGCAGUGGUCACGUAUAUUCGAGGGUAGAAGAUAUAUCUCCUACAGUACCACGUUCUAAUACGAACGCUGCUUCAAAAGGUCGCACUUACUUUGUCUGAAAACAUUUCAUAACACUUGCAUUUACAUUAUUCCUAUUAACCUCACACUUAACCGUUAACAGCACAAUAUUUAAAUUUUAAUUGUGUAUACUUAUCUAGGUAUACAUUUGUCAAUUUUCACAUACGUAACGAUCGUUUUAAGUCAACUUACAUAACAUGAUUGUAAUAUUAAAAUACAAUAUUUUGUACAAAGUUCGUGUGAAAAUGUUAGUCUGAUAACGAAACACUUUUCAAAUAUUAACGAUAUAAUUAAUUGUAUUUAUAAAGUUUAUAGGUGUGGAAUAUUUUCACAUUAAAAUCACUGUAAAACAACACCAAAUAGUGUAAGUCGUAUUUGUAAAUUUCAUAUUCACAAAAUUUAAUAUUAAGCGUUUUAUCUUCAAUUGAUUAUUGAUAAAAUGCAAGAUUAUAAAUAUAAUAAAUUAUUUUAUUUUGUUUAAUGUAUGUAUUUCAUAGUUUUAAAUAAUAAUUAUUUUAUAAAGAUAUAUAUUUUCAUUUUUCAAUCACUUGUACAGGUUUAUGUAUUUUUUGUUUUAUAUAACGUCAUUAAAUUGUUUAUUGUAAUAUUAUAUAUUUACCACCUCUCAAUGUAUCAUGUGCUUUUGUAUUGAAGUGUAUAUAAAAGUAUGUUCGCAUUGUUAUCGUUUAGAAUUAUCGCUUGAAAUCUAAUAUAAUAACUAAGCUAAAUCGUGAUAUUAGAAUUAAUAAUUAUGAAUUUGCAAAUAAAUGUAAUUUUUGAAUUGUAAUUAUUAGUCGUAAUAAAAAUUAUUGUUUUGUAUAAAAUGUACAAAGAUAUCUUGAAAACCGUAAUAAAAUUAU